CAGGAGCCAAGCAGAGGAACUAACAGCUCCCACACAGCGUCAGCCUUUCUCAUCUGCAUAGAAACCAACAGGACAAGAUUAUGACCAUGAAAAGCGUCCGUUCCCUGGCUGGUAUCCUUCUGGUCCUCUGUUUCGUCCAGAGCAGCUUGCAGGUUCCUCUGCUCGGAUCCGAUGACAACUCAAGUUUAGAGGCAGAAGACACGGCAGCCGAUGACCCGAGGGAGCUGUCAGACAUGAAGAGGCAUUCAGAGGGAACCUUCUCCAACGACUACAGCAAAUACUUGGAGGACAGGAGAGCACAGGACUUUGUUCGGUGGCUGAUGAACAACAAGCGGAGUGGUGCUGCUGCUAAGCGCCAUGCAGAUGGGACCUUCACCAGCGACGUGAGCUCCUACCUCCAGGACCAGGCGGUCAAGGACUUUGUCGCCAGGCUGAAGUCUGGACAAACCCGAAGAGAAUCUGAAAUGGACAGACAGGGUGAGGCUCUCAGCAGGAGGCAUGUAGAUGGGACCUUCACCAGUGAUGUGAACAAGGUCUUGGACUCCAUGGCCGCCAAGGAAUAUUUACUCUGGGUCAUGAACUCCAAGGCCUCAGGGGAAAGUAAGAAAAGGCAAGAGGAGCAGUGAGAGUUUCUUCCUGGAAUCCACUUGUGUGCUGC